AGCAUUGGAGAGUGUCUCAAACGUUGCCCUGAAUUUACGGUAACCGAGUUGAUAUUGUCACGUUGACCAUUAUCGCGUUAUGUUCUCUUACCUGGAUUUUCCCCGAACGUUUAGAAGGGGACGUUGUUAAAGAUUGAAGACAGAAAAGCCGCAGCACCACUCAGUAGGAAGGCAAUUGGACAGUUUGCGCUCAGAAAAGUCCGAUGAAUGGCUGAAGAUUCACCUAUGAUUGAGGUAUCGAUUCCGUCGCUGGAGCGAGAGGUAGACGAGUCGGGGAAAUUGAGAAAGCUCUUCAGAGUUGAGAUAUUGUUCAAUGGAAGGAAACACUUUGUGCUCAGAAGACACAGUGAAUUCCAGACCCUGCACAGAAAGCUGAAGAAGAUUCUGCAUCCCCCAGACUUCCCCAGCAAGAGGAGCACCCAUCUGAGAACCAAGCCUCUUGAGCAGAGGAGGCAGCAGCUGGAGGACUACAUUCAGGAUAUAAUUUACCAGUAUGAAGAAGUCCCUCAGGUGCUGCUGGACUUCCUGCAUGUGAAACAUUUCCACUCUGGGAACAAAAUAAGCAGCCUUGAAUCAUUUGAUGAUAGUGACCCUCAGGGAUAUGGCUGUCAGCUGCAGCAUCAGCGUGUGGUGGGAUUCUGUCGUGACCCCUAUCUCCUGGAGUCCCCCUCAGAUCUGCCGGACAUCGUCACGGAUGGGGUCCUGCAGGGCUUGUACCCCCGAGACAUCCGGGUCAGCUUCACAGCCUGCACAAAACCCAGCCUCCCAGACUGGCUCCAGCGAUUCCCUCUAUAUAGUGGCAGCCAAUGCGGAAGUCCUGGCACUAGGAUCUGUGGAUUUUAAAAUGGCCUUGAUAGUAAUUUGGAUGAAUGUCAUGUCUGAAUCGGCAACCAACGGAGGCCCAUUUGCUUGUAUACUACCAUACAAUAGAAAUGUUUACGUUACUCUGGGUGCUUGACUAAAGUCACAGGCCAAUUGAAUAGGUUCUAGAAAGCAAUGUCAUAAGUUGGUGGUUCCUGUUUAUGAACACAACUCACUGUAUGCAGAUGAGUCCCCCAUUACCUGCCUUAGGUCAUUUUGAGUGACCUUUCGGUCACCUGCCAGCUCAAUGUCCAUAUGUUUCAGCUAUCCACAUGCAACAAUUUGAUUCCUUAUUAAUAGGGUGGCAGGUAGCUUAGUGGUUAGCAUGUCGGGCCAGUAAAUGAACGGUUGCUGGUUCGAAUCCCCGAGCUGACUGAAAUGCUGUGCCCUUGAGCAAGGGCUGAAACCAUUGGUUUAUGCAUGAAAGCAAUAGUCUGCCUGGAAUGAGUUUCACAAUCACUGGCAUUUCAUAUAUAAAUGUUUUUACAUGUUAAGCUUUUUAUUAAAAUUUAAUACAUGA